AUGUCAAGUUCUGAAACGGCUGCUUCCAGCUUUCUAUCACAACAUCGUCUUGCUAUUGCAAUUACCGCUGCGGUUGGUGUUGGAUCACUUGCAGGCUUGCUUUAUCAUUUGAACAAGCAACCGAAAAACAACUCUAGUGAUUCAAAAGAGAAAACACGAUCUCCUCAAAAGCCAAAGAAGAAAAGCCACAAGAAGAGAAAGAAGAAAUCCGAGAAGGAAGCAAAGGCUAUAUAUCCUGUCUCUAGUAAAGGGGAACCGCUUAUUACCAAAGAUGAUGUUGAGAAGCUCUCGGCUGAUGAUAGGGCAAAAUGGGCCACUGCUCUAAAGGAGAAGGGCAAUAGCUAUUUCAAGAAGAGCGAGUAUAAAACAGCCGUUGACUACUACACGAAGGCUUUAAUUUGUAAGGAGGAUGCAGUCUAUUACAGCAACAGAUCUGCCUGCUAUUCUGCCCUCGGGGACAACGAGAAUGUUGUGAAAGACACAACUAGUGCCUUGAAAAUUGACCCAGGAUACAAGAAAUGUCUGCUAAGAAGAGCAAGAGCCUACGAGAACCUUGAAAAGUACCCGGAAGCAAUGUUUGACUUGACAGCACUGGCCAUUUACGGUGGCAUGAAUGACUCCGCUAACGAGGCCAUGCUCGAGAGAAAUUUGAGGAAGCAGUCGGCUAAGAUUUUGAAGGAAAAGUAUUCGGACUUGCCAAAGGUCUUGCCAUCUACCUCUUCGCUCUCAUCGUUCUACCAGGCCUUUGUUCCUGAAGAUAUCGAUUUGGAUGCCUCUCAUUACAAGGAGGGAUCUGGAGAGAAACUCUUGGUGGAGGGCAUCAACAAAUUGAAGUCAGACACUGAGGACGAUUACGAAGCAGCUGAUGUUUCGAUAAACCAAGCUGUUGCCAUAUUCGACAAGUCAACAGAAGGUGUCGAUCCAAAGUUGGUUGCGAUGGCUUACGAAUACGCCGGUGCAUUUAAAUUCUUGAGAACAGACCGUGAUAAAGCUUUAGAGCUUCUCAACAAGGCUGUUAAGAUCUCUCCAAGACCAAGAAGUUACGUUAUUAUUGCUCUAAUUAAGGCUGACAGUGGCGAUUACACGGAGGCAAACGCAAACUUCAGCAAGGCCAUCAAGCUUAACCCAGACGACCCUGAUAUCUACUACCAUUAUGCACAAAUAUUUUAUCUAGUUGGCGACUUGGCCAAGGCUAAGACGAACUUCGAGAAGUGCAUAAACUUGAACUCUAAGAAUAUCUACGCUCACAUUCAGCUUGCUUGCCUGGCUUACAGACAAGGCGACAGUAACAAGUGCAACUCCUUGUUUGAUGAGGCUAGAAAAAUGUUCCCAACCUCGCCAGAGAUUCCUAACUAUUAUGGUGAAAUUCUUUUCGAUAGACAGGACUUUGACGGUGCUUUAAAGCAGUUUGGUAUAUCCAUCAAGUUGCAAAAGGCAGGUAAGGGUUACAGCAUUGGCGCACUUCCUUUGGUCAAUGAAUCGGCAAUCUAUCAGAGAAAGGGUGAAACCGAAAAGAGUAUUAAGCUUUUGAAGGAUGCUUGCGAACUUGAUCCAAAAUCCGAAGUUGCUCGUUUGAGUUUGGGUCAGGCAUUUUUGGCAGAACAGAAUGUUGACGAAGCUAUUAAGCUUUUUGAUGAGGCUUGCACUUUGGCAAGAUCUUCAGAAGAAAGAACCCAGGCCAUUUCUCUUAUGGAGGCCUCAAAGAUGCAGUUGAAAAUCAGAGAGGAUCCAGUCUUGAGUAAAAAAGUCCAGGAGGUUCUAAGCAACUUCCCUCAGGCCGCUGGUGAAUUAUGA